ACGCCUGCGCAGAGGCCCAGCGAGAGGCACCGGCGCCCCGCCCCUGCGGAGCCGCGCCAGCGUAGUUCCGGGCGAGCGAGCCCAGACCGCGCGUGCGCCGUUGUGGCUGCUGCUGUGGCGGCGCGGCGAUGGAACCCUGCGAGCAGCAGAACGAGCUAGUGUCAGCCGAGGGCCGGAACCGGAAGGCGGUGCUGUGCCAGCGUUGUGGCUCCCGGGUGCUGCAGCCGGGGACUGCUCUUUUCUCUCGCCGGCAGCUUUUCCUCCCCUCCAUGAGAAAGAAGCCAGACCUGGCCGACGGCAGCAAUCCUGACGGUGAUCUCCUCCAAGAACACUGGCUGGUUAAUGACAUGUUCACCUUUGAGAACGUGGGCUUCACCAAGGACGUGGGCAACAUCAAGUUUCUGGUCUGUGCAGACUGUGAGAUUGGACCCAUUGGCUGGCAUUGCCUAGAUGACAAGAACAGCUUCUAUGUGGCCUUGGAACGAGUUUCCCACGAGUAACUGAGAGGAUAGGGACUUGGCUCCGCCCCAGCUAUAAAGCUCUCCCCACAAGAACCCACACUGAACCUGGUGCAUCAGCUGUGCUGGCCAACUUCUUGGUACCGAUAUAAAACAUGAGCACUGGUGUUUGCCCUUGAACCUGCAGAGGGCCAGGCCUGCCUCCGUCAGGCUGCAGAGCAUGCCUCCCACUUAGUCCUCUCUGUCACAACCUUCCUAAAGCCCUUUCCCCUGUUUUGGAACAUGGAAGAACAUGCAAGUACUCUACCAGUGUAGUCUGGUCCCUGGCGCUCCGCCUGUACGCCUUGACCCAGGGCUCUCUUCUUCCUCUCAAGAACAGCUUUCAACUUUUUAGCCAUGGUGACAGGAAAUAAGAUGCUCACUCACUAAUAGUUGAAACUCCACCUUUUCUCAUUCUAGAAGCCAAGUAUAAUAGGGUGCACAUCUGUAAUCCUAGUUUUUGGGAGGUAGAGGCAGGAGGAUCAGGAGUUCAAGGCCAACCUCAGCUACAUAGCCUGGGCCAGGUAAGACAUUGUCUCAAAAUACAUAAAGCAUACAAGAAUUUGAGAGUAACUUCAUUGUAUGUGACCUACUUGUCCACGGUAAUUUAUUCUUUUUAAAAGUAAAACAUUUAUUUACAAAUAUCAGUAUUUAAACCUAUUCAGAAACAUUACUUUAGACACAUUUUCAGUUCUGUGCUUGAGAGCCUCUCUUCUGGCUGGUAGUGUCAUUUGAUAGUGAAGACGAAUGCGACCCUUCUUCCCUCAGAUCUUGAUCAGCUUUCUCUUUUUUAUUAGCUCCUUGCUACUUCAGUCUGUGUUGUCAACCCUAAGGGAAACCCAGCCCUAGCUGUGUGCCAGGCUCUCUUGGAAUCAGAGUAGAAAGUGCAGGAUAUACGAGAGGUAGGCCUUAGCCAGAUCCCACCUGGGUUAUUAGGAAAGACUCCUUUAAUGGUAGUGCCACUGUUCAUGAAAUACAGGUUGCAAGUUCCUCGGGAGUUUGGUCCACUUGGACUGUCUGUACUGACCCAGAAUGCAAACCUUUUCCAUGGAGAGUUCUAUUGUUAUGGGCUUGGUGUUGCCUUUUCGUAUUAGCCAACUUAAAUCUUCAACACGAUUCCCAGUUACUUUGUCAUUUCUCUUCUGGAGUGACUCAGUAGCUUAAAAGGCCUCUGUGUAAACAGGUUCAAAUACUUGGUAGUCAUCCGCUCCUCGGGAGGGGGGCCUAAAUUGAGAUCAGUAGAGACCUCAUUAUUCCACAUCAUGCCAGUGCUUAGCAAGUGGGGCAGAUCAAGAGUUCAAGGUUAGCCUCAGUUACAUAUUGAAUUCGAGGCCAGCCUGUACCACUUGAGAUCUUGUUUCAAAUGAACAAACACAAAAAAGAACAAGUAGGAACUGGGGAAAUGACUCACAGUUAAGAAUGUUUGCUGCUCUUUCAGAGGACCUGAGUUCAGCAUCCCCACAGGAGGUUCACAGCUGCCUGCAACUCCAGUUCAAGGAGGUUUGCACCUUCUGCUCCCUGCAGUUGCCUGCGCAUGUGUGGCGCACAUACAGACAAGCAGGCACACACAAAUAAGUAAAUAAAAAUUUUACAGAUUAAAAACAAAAGUUUCUUCCUUGGCAUCUGCCUUCUGGGGGUUCUUCCCUCACUGAAGCUUGUCAAGGGCUCCCUCUUAACCAUGGGCGUGGUUUUCCUAGCACACUAGCACCCUGCUCGCUUCCUUCCCCACCCAGAGUCUGAAUGGCUUUAAACCUCAAAGGAGAGGCCAUGUUUUCCAGCAAAUAGGCAAGCAGUCCUGAGUGUGGCGUUCGCAGGACAGCUGAGAUGACCCACGGUCAGAAGGAACAUCACAGAAGCCUCUAGGGACACAUGACCUCUCACUUCACAGUUCCAAGGACCUGAACUAAACUAGGCUUUUAAUUCUGCCCCCUUUUAAAACCACAGAGAUAAUACAUAUUCAUUGUAUAUCAGUGUAAGAAUCAGUAUGAAGUUCUAAUUAACUCACAGUUCCAUCGGCCAGAGCUUGCCAGUGGUAAUGUGUAUAUCCUCAGUAUCUAUGUAUAUAUGCAAAUGUAGUUUUCAAAGCAAGCAUGAGAUUAUACUUUUAUAACUUGUUUUUUGUUUAACAGAAACAAGGGAACAUCUUCCUUGUCAGUACGCCCUGCCAUGCACACUAGUUCCAUGGUGGUGCUGGCCUAUGCGGUCAGUUACCCCCUGUUGUGGUGUCUGUAGUUGCUCAUGACAGUGACAUAGCAGCAAGGGUACUUAACUGCACAUCUCUGUCUGAAGUUCCUUGGCUUGCAUCACUGAGGCAGGAUCUUGGGGUAGGCACGCUGUCACAGCUUUGCUAUACAGACACAUUCUUCAAAGCAAACCCACCAGUG